CGAGCCGCGGUGGAGCCGGAAGUCAGAGCGUGGAGCGGUGCUGGGGGCUGCAAGUCUGAGUGCAGGGAUGGCCGAGUGGGUGGAGUUCCGGGAGCGGAUCCCCCGGGAGUGCCUGGAGGAGAUGCAGUUCAUCGCCUCCGGUGGGUUCGGCACCAUCUAUCUGGCUCAGCACCGUGACUGGCGCAUCCCCAUCGCUGUGAAGAAACUGAGCCGAGACACCUGCAGUCGUGAAGAGCUCCUGGCGGAAGCCCGGGCCAUGGACAAAGCUCGCUUUAUCUACAUCCUGCGGCUCUUCGGCCUCUAUGAGGAGGAAGAGGAGGGCUGGGACUCUGGCCCCCGGCUGGGCAUUGUCAUGGAGUACAUGGAGAAUGGCAGCCUGGCCGGCUUGCUGGAGAGAGUCCGGCCAGUCCCCUGGCCAAUGCGCUUCCGCCUCCUCCACCAGGUGGCGCUGGGCAUGAAUUACCUGCAUGGGCUUCACCCACCGUUACUGCACCUGGACCUCAAACCCAGCAACGUCCUGCUGAAUUUGGAGCUGCAUGUCCGGCUGGCAGACUUUGGGCUAUCGAAAUUCAAGCGAGUGACGACCAAGCAGGGAGCAGACAGCUCCGGGGAUAAGGAUGACUAUGGGGGUACCCUGGAGUACAUGCCCCCCGAAUCCCUCGUAGACAUCAACUACAAGCCAACGCCAGCCACAGACAUAUACAGUUAUGCCAUCCUCACCUGGUCCGUGUUAAGCGGUGAACAGCCUUACCCAAAUCUCCCCCCAAAAUGCAUGAGCUCCCUGCUCCGAAUGCACAUCCCCCGGGGUCAGAGACCCGACAUGGAGGAGCUGGAGGAGGUCACAGGAGUGGAGGGCCUGGAGGACAUGAAAGAGUUAAUGAAGAGGUGUUGGCACAAUGACAGCUGGGAAAGACCCACUUUUAAAGACUGCAGCAACAAGACAGAGAAGAUUUUUUCCUGCCACAAGUCCCGGAUCGUGCCGGCUGUGCGUCAGGUGCAGGAUGUGCUGAUGAUGAUGGCCAGUUCUCCCAGCGAUGAGUCCAGACCAUCAGUAAGCGUCCCUACACCUGCUGCGGCUGAGAGCUCCCAUCUCCGCACCUUUCCUCCAUCUUCCCUCGGGGUCUCAGAGCAAUUCCAGACACUUCGCUAUGAGGAACAUCCAUCCAGAGAAAACGAAGCUGUGCUCCAGAGAAACAUGAGGCAGACGGAGCAUCAGCAAGGACCUGGUACCCCUCAGCCCUGCAGUGUCAGCAUGGGUCCCAGGCAGGGAGCAGAAGGACCCAAUAAUGGAGAAUUUGGCUCCCCCAAGACAAUCCCAUCACAGUUGAGACACCCAGACAAUCAGCCGAGGCCCUUCUUCCCCAGCCAGUCCCAACCACACCUCCCCACCCAGGGGCCGGAUAAACCCAUGUUCCCAUUCUGGCAACCGUCUCCGCAACCUGUCCAUGGGUUCUCAGGUAGCAGCAUAAAUAUCACUGGUUCUUGCUCGGCAAUACAGAUUGGCCACAACAACAGCAUGAAAGUGACCAAGGUGCGAGUAGAGAAGAAGAAGAAGAAGAAGAAAUAAUGGCUCCUUCACCUCUGAUCUCUAGAUGUGUGUGUGGAGCACCCCAGCCCUCCCUGCCCCCAGCAGAGAACCCCCCCUACUCUGGUACGCACCACUUCCCUGUGCGGGGGCACUAUGAACCUCAGCCCCCCACCGUCCUCUCCCCAUUCCCAGCUCCCCACUCUCCCCCGGCGGUGCUGGCAUCUCUGCUCACGGAGGACUUUUG